GGUCUGGGGGCUUGUGCUGAGGGUUUAUUCAGCGGACAAAGCUGGUGCAAACGGACUGCGAUAAGAAGGGGGAUCACGCCGACGUUGGCAACUGAAGCCUUAGUCUACACGUGUGUUUUGACCUUCGAGUCAUACGUAGGGCCUUCCGCUCCCUUUCGUCCCGAAACCAAGAGGAGCAUCUCUUGCAACCAAACUCCCACAAGUGAAAGCUAGAGUAGAUGGCACGCCUCAACAAGGAGCUCGAGGAGCUCAAAGCGAAUCUCCAUGCAGCCCCUGCGCCCCCCUUUGGGCACGCAUGCAGAGCUCUGUACGGCUUUGACGAAGAAUUCGUCGCGUUGAACAACGGCUCCUUCGGCGCCUGUCCUCAGUAUGUAAUCGCAGCCCACAAUGCCUACCUUAGGCACGCCGAAAGGAGGCCCGACGACUGGCAUCGUGGGGCCUUCCGAGCGUAUCUCAACCGCAGCCGAAAAGAAGUGGCCGCCCUGGUCAAUGCCGAAGUCGACGACAUCGUUUUGGUCAACAAUGCCACGACAGGUGUCAAUGCCGUCCUGCGGGGAAUGCAGCCAUACUGGUCAACGAAACCUCCAGCUCAAGAUGGACUAAAGGAAGCCAUCAUGGUCUACGACACCGUUUACGGCGCGUGCGGAAAGACGGCGCAAUUCAUCGUGGACUCGAACCCGGCGCUGAACUUGGGCGUCGUCCGUGUCCCAAUGCAAUACCCCGUAAGCCACGAAGAGUUCCUGGCCAAGACCGAGGCUGCACUUGUAGAGGCUCGCAAGCAAGGCAUCAAGAUUAAGAUCGCCAUCGUCGAUGCGAUCUCAUCUCUGCCAGGCGUCGUUGUUCCAUGGCGCGAGGCGGUCAAGCUGCUCCGCAAGCAUGACGUCCUUUCGCUCGUCGAUGGAGCACACGCCGUGGGACAGAUUGCUCUCGAUCUGAAGCAAGCCGAUCCCGACUUCUUUAUCAGCAAUUGUCACAAAUGGCUGAAUGCCCACAGGGGCUGCGCUUUCCUGUACGCCCCAAAACGCAACCAACAUCUCGUCCCUGGCAUGCCAACCUCUCACUACUACAUCAACCCACUCGCAGCACCGCAAGAAAAGGGAGUGGACCUCAUCGCUACAGACGCUCCCUCCAACUUUAUUGCCGUGUGGGAGUUUUCGGGCACCGUCGACCUGUCCAACUUCUGCUCCUUAAGCGCCGCCUUGGACUACCGAAGGUGGCUGGGCGGCGAGGAGAAGAUCCGAGCAUACACUUCGGACCUCGCUCACAAAGGUGGGAUGAUCCUCUGCAAGGAGCUUGGCAGCGGGUCAAAAAUCAUGAACCUGGACGAUGGCCAAGCGGACAGGAGUCUGACGGCAUCCAUGGUCAACGUGCGUGUCCCCGUCGACUACGCCAAGGUCGACACAGGCGCUUUCCCCACCAAGGCGCACAUCUCUGCGCAUCUCCAGUCGGAGCUGAGCAGCCGCCUGCGGACGUUUGUGCCAUUUUAUGUUCACGACGAGGCCAUCUGGAUCAGGGUCAGCGCGCAGGUCUGGCUCGAAGAGAGCGACUUUGAGUGGCUCGGCAAGGGUCUGUCCCAGCUUCUGGCGUCCCUCGGCUGGUCGGCGUAGGUAGAAUAGAAAUCAGACUCGUCUUCCUGUCUUGCUCGCCCUACUGUUCCUGUUCUGCGACUGAAAACGUACUGGGGAACGCAUGGAUCAUCUCCCAUGCUGCUCCCCCCGACCACUGAGAAUAUUGGGAACACUAGCGGCUUUUUAUCUCUGCACGAAUCAAUUCAAAGCGCGCCUUUCAUUUGCCCUU